UGAUUGUGUGGCAGAGUAGUAGGGCGUGGCUUAGGACGAGAGGUUUGUGCGCAGGACUAGGCAGCCAAUGAGGUGCGAGCGCUUCAGGCCCGCCGUAAGAGGACGUAUUGUGUGUAUAAUAAAGUCCUCAUUGAGCAAUGGAGGAAAAGGGUGAAAAUCCGUCUUCUGACUCGCAGAGCAGUGACGACUUGGUGACAAGGACACAGGCACCUGACAAACAGCCAUCUCUAACGCCAGCCAUUGGUCAGCAGCCCCCCGUUUUACAGCUUGGUGGUCUUCAGUACUUGAUCCUGGCUGCAGGGCAGCCGGUCACUGCAUUACAUGGAGCAGGGAUUAAUGUAGUGCCGAUUGGGAAUAACAUAUCUAUACUACAAGCCAAUGGUCUCCAAGUGCCCUUUAUUCAGACAGAGGGUUCUCCGUCCUUGGCAGGUCUGCCCGCUGGGGUUAAGCCUACCACAAGCCAAGCCAGGAGCCUGCAACCUCAGAUACUCCAGCUUGGCGGACUUCAGCCUUCUGCAGUCCAGGCUGGCACUUCAGUUCAGACCCUUGGACUUAAGCCACAACCUUACCAGCUCAGUGGACUCCAGGCACAGUCAAGUAGGCUCCAGCCAGCCACAGUCCAGAUUGGUCCAACAGGUCAGCCCAUUGGGCUUGUUCAGUCACAGUCCUUCCAGCCUAAUGAAUACCAAAUACACCCGAUCAUCUCGAAUGAGGUUCAAAGCUAUGGAAUCCCACCUGUCUCUUAUGAACUGACUACGCAAACCACCUCAGUGAAGCAAGUGAACAGACAGCCUCAGGACAGCAGGAGAAAGGGUGCAAAAUCGAAACCUGAGUUGGUUACGUACGUGGAUGUCACAUGUAGUGCUUACAGUAUUCCCAAAGUGAAACAUACCUCCACCAACACCACCAACCUCAAUAAGAGUAUUGCCACUCAGGCAGACAUCCCCUUGAGAAAUAAAAGCCAAGGUGUCCAAUGUCCAGAAGGUGGGAGCUCAUAUCUUCGAACUCUUCACACCUUCCAGGAAAGCUCCACACAGGCAGAGCAGACGGCCUGGGGUAGUCACGCUGCUGUUCAAGAUGGCGAUCCAGCCCUCCAAAGGAGUGUUAUGUUUGUACAGGACAUGGGACCGGUGGUGAAUGCAUUACCUGCCUAUGAAGCUUGGGAGGCCGAUCAGUUAUUCCUGGAGGACCUUCAGAGAAUAGACAGGCACAGAUAUAUGUUGUACGAGCCUGGUCAGAUUCAGUUUGAUGACGUGGCCAUCUACUUCUCCAAGGAUGAGUGGGAAUAUUUGAGCGAAGAAGACAAAGACCUCUACAUGGAGAUGAUGGUGAAGAAUUACCGCACCCUCCACUCUCUCGGAUGGAUCACUGUCAAGCCACCACUGAUAACUAUGAUAGAACAAGGAGAAGAUCUCUAUGAAAAGUACCCCAAAGACUUUGGAAGUUCUCAGAUUCCUGGACUCGCCAGAAGAGAUUUAACCGGCAUGAAGACUGUAAAUUCCAUUGAAGAGAACUAUAAUCUACACAAGUUCUCCGAACGGUUGACGAAAACCAUUGAUGAUUUUCUAACCUUCUGCAUAGAGCAAACUGAAGAUAUAAUGUCAGGGGCCGCAACAGAUCUUUAUGCGCACCCGUAUGGAUCGGGGCCAUUUUGUGAAGUGAACCCAUUACUCGGCCGAAAGCCAGCUGUAGAUGAGAAACCAUUCAGGUGCUGCAAGUGUGAAAGGCGCUUCAAGCGUUUUUGUGGCCUUGUCUUGCACCAGAAAUCUCACGCUUUGGAGAACGGCUUCUCUUGUUUUCAGUGCAGCAUGCCGUUCAAGAAUGCAAAAGCCUUGUUGAAGCACGAGUUGACUCAUACUGGAGAAAAACCAUUUAUAUGCUCCAGAUGCGGGAGACGUUAUGCUUCCCAACAGGCCCUCGAUAACCAUCUUGGAGUAACCUUGAAAAAGAAUCCAUAUGUUUGCUCAGAAUGUGGGAAACGCUUUGCUAAAAAGUACGCCCUUCACAAACAUGAAAUGAUACACAACCGAAAUAAACCUUUUGUGUGCUCCAUCUGUGGCAAAGGCUUCAUGGAGGAGGAGGACUUUAGCGAACAUCAGAGAAUUCACAUGGAAGAACAGAUACACAUAUGCGAUUUCUGCGGCAAGCGCUUCAGUAGCAAGACAAGCUAUGACAAGCAUCGGCAGGAGCACAUAGGCUCACAGUUACUUCCUGAUUUUGAACAGCAAGGUCAGCUUCUUCUCCUCAAGCAAAUUCAGGAAGGCGCGUCUGUUCUGCCAAAGGAACUGGAACUCCAAAGCUGAGGGAGAAUGAGCUGGAAGGCCAUGGAAAAAAGAUGUAGUACAACACCGUCUACAAGCAUCAAAAGCCUUAAAGGGAAGCUGUCAUCAACUUUAUGCUGACCUUUCUGAGGGCAGCAUAAAAUAAUGACAGAAAUGCUGAUUUCAGCAGUGUGUCACU